AUGCAAAUAACGUGCUCAAAGCUCGCCAACAUCGGCGUAGAGACGUCCAAAAUUAAAAAAUCUAUUAAAACGCUGGACCACAAAAUCGAGGCGGCGGCGGCAGACUACAUCGAGGAGAAAAUGGAGGCUGAAAAGAAAAUCCAGCCUUUCCGCGCCACCAUCCGUAGCGUGCACGUCGAGAUGGAAACGCCGGUCGACUACGUCAAAACGCAGAUUAAAAGUAUGCCUCUGGCUUCCGAUUCCAUUAGCAUGGACGUGCAAUAUUUCGCCAACGAUAGCAAUAGCCAGCAGGCGUCGUCGCUGGCCAGCAGUGUAUCGUCGUACAUCUCAGGCGCCGCUUCGGUGCUGGGUAACGAUAAGGCGGCACAGAUGAGCCGGGCCGCGGCGAGCCAGGUCAGCGACCAGGUCAGCAAGCACAGCAUCGCGGGAACGCUCGUUAUCUCCGUGUCGUGCACGCACAAAAACGCGGCCGUGCUCGCGCCCCUGGUGAUUAAUGUCGACAAGGGCAUUAAAGUCUGGAACCACCUGUUCAAGGACGAUCCCAUUAUCCCCACUAGCACGUCCAACAUGCUCCAGACGGCCCAGAAGGGAGCUUCGGGGAAAGAAGACGCCAACAAGUUCAGCAUUAUCUCGGGCAUGACGUUCGGGUCCAGCUUCGUGGGCAUGGUGCACAUCCUUAACACCAGCAGCACGGCCGUCGGCGAGCGGGCGGACACUAAGCUCUCCACGCUCCAGGCCCAGUUUAAGGAGCAGCUGGACGACGCCGGGUGGCUGGCGCACUGGUCCGGCGGUUUCGGCGUUAACGAAUCCAUGGCCAGCAGCGUUAAAAACCUGCUCAGCUCCCAAAACAUCGAUUCGCACGCUACCAUAAUUUGCAUGGGCGUUAUACCAUCCAUCGUGGCCAGCGAGGUGCAGCUCGGCGUUAACAAGUUUGCCACUUUCGACCCCAAAUCCAGUCUCGAGGCGCUUUCAGCCAUCCAAAACGCCUCCGUCGCCGAUUAG